AUGGACACGCCGCCUGGGAGAGCGGAUGUGAGAAAAAAAACGGUGGAAUCCAAUGCAGACCGUUUCUCCUACCCGCUCGUGGUUGGCAGCACCGUCAUCGCCAUUACUGCCGCGCUCUUCGCUCUGUGCCUGGGGUUCUACGUCACCUGCGUCUGCUGGAUGGAUGUCAACGGAGGCAUCCUGUUUACUGGGCGCGGGUGUACCUUGCACCAGAGAGUUGUCGGGCCUAUUGCAAUCAUCUUCGGUACCUUUGGAGUUAGCGCAACCCUGUUCAUACUUUGUCAAGGAUUUGUCACUCCUCGUCUUCUAGCAGUUACGCUCGCCUCUCUGGGGGGUGGUGGCCCGGCUGCCGCGUGGAACUGGGUAGACGUGGCGCAUCGCUGA